GCAGCCCAGGGGGAGCUUGAAACAGUCUGACGGACAAAGGGGGAAAAGUCAUGUAGUCGCUUCUGCGCGCAACAGAUAUUCCUAGCAAAGUAUGCGAUUUACACCAGUUGCUGUGAGUUUAUCGAGACUUUUUGUUUUCGAUUAGCAAAUAAUAUGUCACCAAAAGCAUAGUUUGUGGACUCCCGUUGUAUUCAGUGAAAGUUAGGCGGAACUUUCCGGGACAAUGCAGGCGAGUGGAAGUUUGUGUCUGUUUUUGGCACUGAUGUUGCCGUGCUGUUUCGUGGCGUCUGGACAGUAUCACGGAGAUAAUGGAAUAGCCGUCCCGGACCACGGCUUCUGUCAGCCCAUAACCAUCCCCCUGUGCACGGACAUCGCUUAUAACCAAACCAUAAUGCCAAACUUGGUCGGACACUACAACCAAGAGGACGCCGGGCUGGAGGUCCAUCAGUUUUACCCGCUGGUCAAGGUACAGUGCUCGCCCGAACUUAAAUUCUUCCUGUGCUCCAUGUACGCGCCAGUGUGCACAGUUUUGGAGAAAGCCAUCCCGCCAUGCCGCUCCAUUUGCGAGAGGGCAAAGCACGGCUGCGAGGCCCUCAUGAACAAGUUUGGCUUUCAGUGGCCAGAGCGGCUGAGAUGCGAACAUUUCCCGGUGCUGGGAGACGGACACAUAUGCGUGGGCCAGAACGACUCCACGGCUACGGUGGCGCCCGUUCACAUGCCCGUUCCAGGAACGCCGGGCGUUCAGCUGUACUCUUCCCCGGACAAGCCGUUCCGCUGCCCAUCAGUGCUCAAAGUGCCGUCCUACCUCAGUUAUAAGUUCCUGGGCGAGCUGGAUUGUGGUGCUCCGUGCGAGUCCUCCAGAACGCAUGGGGCCUAUAUGUUCUUCACGGACCAGGAGAUUGAAUUUGCGCGGAUUUGGAUCCUUAUCUGGUCUUCUCUUUGCUGUGCAUCCACAUUAUUUACCGUAACCACUUAUUUAGUGGACAUGCAACGUUUUAAGUACCCUGAGCGUCCUAUUAUCUUUCUGUCUGGCUGCUAUACCAUGGUGUCCAUUGCGUACAUCGCUGGGUACUUUCUUGGGGAUAAAGUUGUGUGCAAUGAGAGCUUUUUUGCAGACAGCUAUAAAACCAUCGUUCAAGGUACGAAAAAGGAAGGGUGUACGAUUCUGUUCAUGAUGCUCUAUUUUUUCAGCAUGGCUUCUUCGAUCUGGUGGGUCAUCCUGUCUCUCACCUGGUUCCUGGCAGCGGGUAUGAAAUGGGGCCAUGAGGCUAUUGAAGCCAAUUCGCAGUACUUUCACCUGGCUGCCUGGGCCGUUCCGGCCGUAAAGACUAUUAGCAUCCUGGCCAUGGGGCAGAUCGAUGGAGACGUGUUAAGUGGCGUCUGCUUUGUGGGCCUGAAUAAUCUGGAUCCCUUGAGGGGCUUCGUGUUGGCCCCCCUCUUCAUCUACCUCUUCAUCGGCACCUCUUUCCUGCUCGCGGGCUUCGUGUCGCUGUUCCGCAUCCGCACCAUCAUGAAGCACGACGGCACCAAGACCGAGAAGCUGGAGCGCUUGAUGGUCCGCAUAGGCGUGUUUUCGGUUCUCUACACCGUCCCAGCCACCAUCGUCAUUGCCUGCUUUUUUUACGAGCAGGCCUUCAGGCAGCACUGGGAGAAGAGCUGGAUCAGUACGAACUGUAAGAGCCUGGCCAUCCCCUGCCCCAUGCAGUCCUUUCCUCACAUGACCCCCGACUUCACCGUCUUCAUGAUCAAGUACCUCAUGACUCUCAUUGUAGGGAUCACUUCGGGAUUCUGGAUCUGGUCGGGAAAGACGCUGCACUCUUGGAGGAAGUUCUACACGCGUUUGACCAGUGGCGGGCAAGGGGAGACCACCGUAUGAAACGGGAGAUUGUGGUCCACGUUUUCUUGCAAUAACUGAUUUGAGUUUUUGAAUACAAAAAAAUAAUAAAGUGCCUUUGUCAGUAUUUUGAAAGCAAUUAUACUUGUCUAUUUUCAGAUUGUCAGAGACUUUUAAGUGGAAAGAGAAAUGGGAUGUGAACCACUUGGCUUCCCCAAACAAACACAGCCAAUUUGAUACCAAGUGCAGAAAAGUUUUCCUCCCCCAUUCUGUUGCCCCCCUGUUUUUUCUCAUAAGCUGCUGGCCAUAAAAACUCAACUUGGAAAGUGAGAUACCAGCUGGGAAUUCAACAAACGACAGAGCAAGGAGAGCCGAGGGGGGAGGAGAGCUUGUCAUCUAAUACGGCCGGCAGUUGGGUUAAAUGUAAUUAAAACAUUGUACAUAAUAUUUGUAAAAAUCUGUAUUUGAACAUUAUUAUAUAUUGUAUUUAUGCAAAAUUAUGCUUUUUUUGUGUGUUUUUCAAAGUUUGAUACUCUUCUGUAUUUAGAAUUAGCAGCCACUAGUCUCUCUCUCAUAUCUUCUAUAUACUCAUAUGUUUGUCUUUCUGUUUUGAAUUAAAUUUGCUGUACAUAAUACUCCUCCUUUUCUCUCUGUAAACCUUAUUUAGUCCAAAAGUGAAAGAUUCUCAUGAUGAGUGCUGUAGAUUUAAAGGAAUUUUCUGUCAUCAUUUACUCACCCUCAUGUUGUUCCAAACCUGUAUGACUUUUUUCUUCUAUGGAACACAACACAAGAUAGUUUGAAAAUGUGUGUUAUUUUGUCCAUACAAUGUAAGGCGAUGUGGUCUAAUGUUUUGCAAUGCCUUUCAUUGUAUGGACAAAAACAGUUUUUCAAAACUAAAAAAAAAGAAAGAAAGACAGGUUGUGAAUGACCUGAGAGUGAGUAAAUGAUGACAAAAUGUUAAUUUUUGCAUAAACUAUCCCUUUAAGCAUAUAGUUUUGGCAUAGAAGUUAUUGCUUUAAUUAACUGAUAUUAAAAUAUGUGAAUAUCUUGAUAUUCAUAUUCUUCUUCAUAUAUCUACCAGAUCUUAAGAGUCUUUGUCCACGAACACUAUCUUAAAACCAGAGUUUGGAAUGGUUGUAGGUGAGAGAGAGAUCAGAGAGAGAGAGUGCUGUAUUUUUUUGAUUGUGGUGUGAAGCAGGCAGCCGUUGAGGAGCAAAUGGUUCUCGCAUGGUCCUGAGAGCUGAGGCAUGUGGGGAAAAAUGGAAAGCACAUGAUGAAAUGAUUGUGUGUGUGUGUGUGUGUGUGUGUCACAAACCAGCCUGCUUUACCAAAAUGGUGGAGUGUAGUAUAGUCUGUGAUCAAUAUAAAGUUUUUCUACGGUGUAGGUUUUUAUUCCACUAACUUUCUGUCUCCAUUUAAGGCUGAUUGAUUUUCAUGUCUCCUUUGCUUUAGCCUGUGAGUGUAUGUUUGUGAGCUCAGGUUUCUAAUCUAAUGCAUGCCCCUGGGCAGCCAAUUUCAUGCUCAGCACUUCAUACAAUGUUUGCCUUCUCCCUUUACGCCAAAUCUUACUCAUUUAACAUGCACCACUUUCUAUGUGUGUACUUCAUACCUCGUUUUUCUUUUUCACCAAUUUGUACCCCUUAGAAUUUAUACAUAAAAUAAAUGCCCAUGAGAAUUAA